CACCACCACCAACACUCUAAGCUGUCACUUAGUUAACUGGCUGAAGGUCAGGCUUAGAUUAUGCACCUCUCAACCCCUGAGUAAUGAAUGUGAUGCUUUGUUAAACAAGGAGUAAACAUAUGCCCCUGGGGUUUGGAAUUAGCAGACGCACACACAGACGCACACACACACACACACACACCCACACACACACCCUCCUGCACAGAACAUAUGCAGAGUGAAUGGGGCUUAUUAUACACCUGUGAGUGGGGUCAAAGUCUGUCAAUCCCGAGCUUAUGGUAUUAUGAUAGAUUAUAGAAUCACUCUCUAAUGGCAGUCAUUCAGUUUAUAAUCUCAGUGGCUUGAUGCAAAAGCACUCCGCGUUCCAGCCGAGGGUCUGCUGAAAAUGAGGCCUUCUCCUCAUUCACCCUGCCUCUUACCCCCCCUUUUCCUCACAAAGGUCUUAUGACAAGUCAGCUGUUGGUGACAUCACAGAUGCCGGAUCAUAUGUCAGAAACCUUUGCAAGUCUGACUUAACAUCCCUCGCAGCUCAACAGCAGCAACUGAGGCCACUUGAGGCCAAAAGAGCGGUGAGGUGCCCACCCCCCGGAGGGGGGUGAGCGCCAGUGUUUGAGCUGCCAACCGGCCGGAAUAGUGGGGGGCACUCUUUAGGGCAGGAACAUCUGACCCUUGUGUAUGGGUUUGUUUAUGUGGGCAAACAGAGUGCCCAUCUUGCCAUCAGCUUGAGAAGACAUUUAUCAUUUGUGCAGGGAGUGCGUGUGAAUUACAGAGUCCUGAAUCUGUGCACGUGAGAUUUCUGGUUUCAUACAUUUCAGUGAUGUCAGUGGAGCCAGAGUAGGAUUUUUAUAACAAGGCAGUAGUGCCACCUAAAGUCAGCAUCUGAAAAUGAUAUUAAAGACACACAGUUACGGCUCUAUGGGGAAGAGUGAUUGUGAUUAUUAAAAGUAAAAAAAAAAUAGACAGAUAUUGCAUUCAGUAUUUCCUAAAUGGCUUUUCUUUUUCUUUUUUUUUUAAACACAAAAAUGUCCUUACCAGACAUUAAACCACCUAUAAAAACACCAUUACAAUGAUCUGCUUCAACAGGGGUCAGCAAGUAAAUUUCUCAGAAAUUGAAUAUUGGGCCAAAACAUCACAUCUUAAUCAGGCAAAACUGCCCUUUUCUUACCAUCCUUUGUUCUAUUGUACAAAAAUGGCAAAUUUAGGAGACGUGUUGGUUUGAAAAAAGUAACUUCAAUUUGCCACAGACUGUUACUCGCGUCUUCUGCCCUUUGACUCAGUUUAUAUUUUUCUCAGAAUAAAAGGCCCUGAAUUCGGCAUUAAAAAACUACCUGAAUCUGAUUUUUUAAUUAAUCUAUGGGCUGGAUAUCAAUGCUGGUGGGGCCAGUUUUGGCCCACGGGCCACCAUUUGCUGACCACCGUGCUGCAAUAUAAGCAUAUGUAAUCACUUUUUCUCCCGUUUGUUUGCACUUUGACUUAUGUUUGUUUUAAUGUUUAUCCUUUGGGAUAUUUUACCAAGUUUCACUAGAAUUGUUGGUGUGAUUAAAAUUAAGGCCUUUUAUAGGACUUUUAUUGUAUUGUUUAGUAAUUUAUACAGUAGUUGACCUAAUGUAAAUAACAGUUUAUGCAAUGAAACUACAUAAUGCAAGUGGUGGAUGCAAAGCUUCACAGAAAAAGGCAGAAGUGUUGAACCUCUCCAACAAACAUCCAGAGGUUUGGAAAAAUUGAAAUAUGCCACUAGAUGGCAGCACUGAACUGUAUAUAAUAUAGUGUGUCAAUGAUCCCAGACUCUGUUCUGCUUUGGUGUUUCCACAUUUGAACAACAUUUCAAUCCACACAUUCAAGAUUUCCUCUCUGAUAAUUCCUCUAAAUGAGGUCAACCAGCCUAUGCUGGAAUAUUUAAAGAACCACACAAGGCCGCAGUCGACACAUGCUAAUUGAUGCUGUGUCGCCAUAGCAACGUUGUAGAAACACUGCCGGAGCUCAGCGUUUGUCGGGCCACAACUUUUUCUGCGGCCCCGAGUCAUCGCGAUACGUUACAGUUUGUGCGAGUAAUCUUCACACAGCGAAGUGCGAGAAUGCAGGAAGUUGAUAUGGAUCCUGAAAAGGCGUCUGAACCCGAAAACGUCGAAGUUAAGAGCAGGGUUUUCACACUAGAGGAUGACAAAGACCAUGGUGUGGAGCUCAGUGGAGAGAUGUCAGAGAAACGGCUGCAGGAAAGGGAAAAGAUCUCUCCUCGGAGGAUAACCAACCUUCAGAGACACUUGACAACAUUAGUCACCAACAUCCAGACUGCUGCUGACGCCAGAGAGUCAAUGCGACGGAAGGAGCUGGAGGAGGCUCGCAAAAUGAGAUUGGAGCUGCUGGAAAAUGAUAUGAAAUCCAGCCAGGAAAAAUUUGAGGAGAUAACCAGAGGGUGGUCUUUGACUAAGGAGAAGGUGAGCGCUCAGGAGCUGCAGGAAGCUCUGAACAACCAGCAGCAGCUGCUCACUGGUCUGUUAGAAGACAAGAAGAAAGUCAUCGAUGAGCUACAACAGGAGCUGAAGCUUGGAGACGAUCACUUUGUGAAGGACCUCAAGAAGCAGGCAGAGGAGCGGGACCUGAUGCUGGAGAGGAUGGAGGACCAGAUCAAGACUUUGACCAAAGCCUACAGGGAGGAACUGGCCCAGACACAGAGUGUUAAUCAGCGGGACACCAAAGACCUACUUACCAACGACACGAGUGAUUGGGAACAACGCAUGAAGAAACUCUGGGACACAGAGCAAGCGAGGCUGGCACAGAGAAGGAAGACGGUGGAGGAGUAUGAAGCCAAAAUUCACAGCCUGAUAUUCGAGACUAUGGACAAGCAAACGGCGACCAAGAUCGAACAGAACGCCAAGUUGCAGGAUCUGGAGAGAGAGCAUCAGAAGACGUUGUCCUCCAUCAUUGUCGUUAGACUGAAUCAAAUUAAGGAAAAGCACAAACUAGAGGUCCUUACGAGCAGCAGGGUGGACAGUCUGCAGACCGAGAAGAAAAAGGCGGUCGCCAAACCCAACCAUCAGCCGAGUAAGACGAGCCAAUCUUUAAGCAAAGACUACAAACAGAGCGUCCAGCAAUAUGAGCGUCUACAGAAGAAACUCAAGCAGAUUGUGGUUGCUGACGCGAGGACCUUUGAGGAGAUGUGGGCGACAGUUGAGGCAGAGGUGAGGCAACUAGCUGAGAGGGCUUUAGAAAUCGACUUGUUGAUCUGCAGGCAGCACUUUGGCGUGGCCUGGGAGCGACCUCCGCUACCCCUCGCGGCUUCCUCUAGCUCCUUCCACACUGAGAGACAGACCCAUAGACCUGCCCACCGGGCAGUCUCCCAGCUGUACCACACCGAGCAGUCCCUGCAGCGCACCAGCCAGAGGACGACGAUGGGGGUCGAUGCCGAGACCGAGAGCGCGGACGUGGACCACGCGUCCAUGGGAGGGACGGCGACUCCGAGCGAAGGGGACGCAGAGCUGGAGGACGGGAUGCUGACGCUGGAGACGGUGACAAAAGUGAUGGAGCUGCUGUGGGAGGAAGUGGGCUUCCUGAUGGAGGACGAUCCUGCGCUGCUGGCUUCCCUGGAGAAGGAAGAACAGACUGCUAUAAAACUUGGUUCUCUUCUUUUUUCUUUUGGCAUUGAAGAGGAAGAUUUACCCAAGUUGGCUCACUUCGUCCUAAAGUACAGACAACAGCAGAGAGAGCAGACAGAGAGAGUCUGUGAUGAGACAGGUGAAUCCAGUGACUGGGCAGCUGCAUCUGAUCCGACCUCUGACCUCAUCCAUCCCAACCAUGUCCUGCCUGCUCUUAAAAGUUUCCUCAAUCAGUGCAUGAAGUCCAGGCAAAACUCAUGUCAGUCCAGUGUUGUGCACACAGAGGGUCGGGGUAGUUCAGAGGACAAAGCCUACUGGCAGAGUUUGUGCAACAUUAUUCCUGAUAGCAAAAUCCAACUCUGGGAAGAAGCAGAGAAGAUACUAACACAGUACAUAGUGAUCCUCACAGACAUUUGUGAGCUCGACACUGAGACUGACAGCCUGAGGCAGCAGAACGCAGAGCUGAGGAUGCUGCUGCAACAAUCUCUCAACCCGCAAGUAUGUGACGUUACCCAUCAAUAGUGGAGAAACAAAUAACAGCAGUGUUGUCUUUAAUAGUGCGAUGCAGUAUGAUAGUCCUUUUAAGGCUGACAGGAUUAUAAUCGGUCAGUUGAUCAUUCAAAAUAAUUUUAAGUGAAUGCCAUGAAUUGGAUAGUUCAGGCUGCUGGUACAUAAAUUAAUAAUAUUUGGUUCGUCACUUUAUCAUCGUUUGAAAAUAUUGGCUAAAAAAAAAGCAAUCUUAAAACCUCAGAGUAGAAAUUAAUCUGACAUAUUGUAUUCCCUCACAGGUCAGCUAAGAACUGCAGAUUACAUAAUCAAUACGGAAUCAGCAGAAUCAGAACAUUUACGGUCAUGUCCAUGAAAGGAUCAAUGUCUGUAAAAUUCUUAUUACACAUGUGGUUAAUAAUAAAUCUUCUAUUUCAUCGUGUCACA